AUGGAACCACUCUCUGAGGAGACAGUUGACAAAGCGCUCUGCCUGAUACAAGAUGAACCUUGUCUACCACACCCAUUAGGAAAGCUAUUGUCGUCUUUCAUUACGCAAGCCCUUCAUCCUCCAGUCGCGGCAGCCCAUGUCCUCAGUUACUGUCAUCCGGGCCAACACCGUGAGGCUGAGCUUCGUGCACUUGUUUCAGAUUGGACGUUCAUCAUAGAGUCCAUCACAAAGUACGGGACUACACCACCUGCCCCCGACAGUAGGACCAAGGCUCAAAUCCUCAAAAGGGAUGGCAACCGAUGUUGCAUCACAGGGAAGCCAGCAGGCUUUGGUGACCCCCUAGUAGUGAUGCCUGUUAUUCUCGCGCCAUCCCGCUGGCUUGAAGCCGAGCCCCCCUUACCUCGAUGGCUUGAGGUCAGGAAGCUUAUCGCGGACAACGAAACAUCGAUAGCUCAGGCGGGCAAACAACCUUCAGCAUCCCGGCCAGGCUUGAUAUCAACUAUAUUCCAGAUUUGCCGCACCGUCUUUUGGCGAGCUUGGCUUCUAAACCCCAAAUUUAUUCGAUUAUAUGCAUACAAAGCAUUGCGAAAGAUUGGACACCAUCUUUAUGGAAGCACAAGUUCCUUGGCGGUUAGCCGUCUACCAUUCGGCCUUUACCUGAAGGCCACUAAUGAAGGGGCUUUCAACGAAUCCAAAGCGCUCGAUCUUGUUCACAAGUACACUUCUGUGCCGGUCCCUCGUGUGUUGGACCUAGUCUCAGACUCACGCACCACAUAUCUCUUGACGACUGGUCUCCGCGGCAAGCCCCUCGCCAGAGCAAUGGAUAUGUUUUCCGAUCGAGACUGUCACGAGUUCGUCGAUCAAAUGCAAAGCUUCGUUUCUCAAAUACGAGCAGUUCCUCCAGUCGGUCCCAAGAACCGCAUAUGUAAUACUCUUGGCCAGGCGUGCAGCGACCCAAGAAUUCGAGACGGCGACCCCGUUGGCCCCUUCGAAGGUGAAGCUUCUUUCAGUCAAUAUCUUCGCCAUCCAGAUGAUCCUGCCCGGAGAGGUCAUAAAGUUGUGCUUACCCAUGCCGACUUGAACCUGCGAAACAUCCUUGUGGACAAAGUCACAAGGCUAGAUGGGACAAGGGGCUGGGCGGUCUCGGGAAUCGUCGAUUGGGAAAACAGUGGAUUUUACCCUGAGUACUGGGACUGUACAAAAGCUCAGUUUGAGGGAUUUAGAUGGGAUGAGCGCUGGACUAGGGCUUUGCUUGAAGUUUUCCGUCCAUUUGGAGGUUAUGCAAAGGAGAUUGAACUGGAGAAGAGGAGCUGGAGUGAAGGUGACGGCGCAUUUUGA